AAUGCGUGCGAGAGAGUGAACUAGAUAAAUGCUGCGCAUCGCUAUUUUCUUGGUAGAGCAUUGACGUUGGACCCGCGAUGCACCUCUUUCCUUCAAAGAGCUUGUUGAACAGACCCUUCUCUUUGCACAAAAAAACACGGGCCCAGUCAGAAGCCCUAGCUCUCAGUACGCACGUAUAGAAAAGUAUGAAAAAAAAACGAAAGACACGCAAUUUUUUGAAAUUCUAGUAUGGGACAUACACCUCUCUAAAGGCCUGAUUCUCGUGAAACCAAUAGAUUGGGUGGUCUGACCAAGGCGAAGCCCACGGUGAUCUUUCAUAGAACGCGAACAACGGCUUUCAUGAGGAAAUCUCUCACCCUGGUGAAUUAUAGGCCUUUUGACCUCGAUUCGGGCGAAGACCGUUUGAAAAAAAACUAUGAACGGCGGUCUCCCGACUACCCCACACAACAACAGCCUAUGGCUCUUCCUCAGCCGCCACCGGAUCCACCAUCAGAGCCACAAGAAAAAGAGAAUUCCUCCAACCUAGACAAAGUCGAUCUCUCGGACACUUCUGAUGCUCCGAGUCACUGUUCCACCGACUUCCCUUCGUCCACUCCCUCCAGCUGCAAAAAAAACUUUUGGCAUCAUAUCCCCCCACCUUCUGAGCCCCCUCGAGCCGCACAGGUUGAUCAGAUCCUCAAGCUUUUAGAGUGGACCAAAAAAAACCAGAAGAGCAUCAACAGCUAUCUGCGCGACACCAAAGAGUUUUAUAAUCCUUACUUGCUCACAGGGAUGAUAAAAUUGUGUAACAUCAACGAGUUUGGCACCAACUAUCCCAAGCACCUGUGCAAUCCUGAUCAACUCUUGGAGUGCGACUACUAUGAGAAUAUCGUAAAAAUGCAAGAGGAACGAGAGAGGAUGAGAGCGUCGAAUCAGAAGCCGGGAAGAAGGUCAGCGAUUGACUUUGUACGGGAAAUGCAGACUAAAAAAUCAUCUGCUCUGUUAAAUUCAAUGGCCAAUGCAGCUUCUUCGUCUAUAGGCUCACAUUCUGCUCCAAAUUGGAGUAGUCCGAAAUCUUACCAGCCACAUGAUCCAUUGCCGAAGAAAAAGAGAUGAGUCCUUUCUUCAGAAAGGAACCCCAACUUCACUGAGCGGUUUUUUUGUAGUAUGGGGCACACAUCUUUAUAAAAUGUAUAAAACGAAGACGA